AUGCCUCCCAAAAUACGCUCAAAACCCGCCGCACCCAAGAAGAAGGACGAAGAGCAGGAGACCUCCAAACCCGCCAUCAAGAAACUUGACGCGAGUGUAGACAACCCGCCGCAGGUCUUCAUAUUACCCCGAGACACUUCAUCAGAUGCGCGAAUAGCGACAAUACCUAAUCCCUCGACCGACGUACCGAAUCGAUAUUUGGUGUGCCCGGAGAGAGGCUUCUACGAAUUCACCAAAGUCGCAGCGCCGAAAAGCCAGCAAAGGAGUUGGCUGUUGGCACCAGACGGCGAACAGAAGCCUGAUGCAAGUGAGAGACAGGAGAAGGAUGAGUGUGAGGAUGAGAAAGACAGCAACGCGGACGUUGGGUACGUACUACAGGCUCCAGAUAUGUUGGUCGCAACACCUGUGGAUCCGCUAUUUCUCCUGCUUCCUUCCUUGGCGGGCGACGGCAAGAGCAUAGGACAAGAAUACCUCGCGUCUUCAGACUACAUCUCAAGCCUCAUGGAGUCGUCACGUCAACUGUCACAAGUGCUGCAGCCGCGGAUAGAAGGCCACCUGGGACGGACAGUGGAGAGCCGAUUGGACGCAGUAUGCGAUUGCAUGGAUAUGGGUGAAGAGAAGAUGUAUGCUCUGUCGCUGCCAAAGCUUGUCAAAGAACUCGUCUCCAAGGCCAAGAGGAUGACGAGUCGAGGUCUGCCGGCCAGCUUGGAGGAGCGAUUCGUCAAGCAGGCUUUGGGAACACCAGUCUUGAGCAUCAAGCGGGAGGAGAGCAGUAUCAGUAUCGCUACGGAUGACUCGUCCGCUGGUGCUGAGAGUCAAUCUGCUUCUGAAGCUCAAUCUCAGGAGACAGAUGCCUCGGGUACGACAACAGCUACUGUGUCGACAUCUGCCACAUCAGUCUCCGUGGGCUCAACGGGUAAUGCUCAAAGUGCCCCAGAGGAGAUCACGAAUUUACUUCGGCUUCGUAUCGCGAUAAACUUCAUCACGACUUCGUACCUCUCGCCUGCUUUGCGAACAAGACUCGAGCCCGUCUUCUCGGAUAAAAAGAUUACAGAGAUCGACUUUUCGCCUCUAGACAAGCACCUUGCCCACAUUGCCUCGUUGAAGAAGGAAGCCCAGGCCCUUCGAUCAUUGAGUGACAACAUAUCCCGCAAAAGAAGCACAAUGGACGACGACGAGGCAAUAGGCAAGGCAGAGGCGAAGAAGCGCAAGAAGGAAGAGGAGGAGAAAAACAAGAAGAAUGUCUCUCUUGGCAUCAAGAAACUCGCCAAAGCGGAUACAAGCGGCAUGAAGAAGAUGAGCAGCUUCUUCACCACGGCUCCGGCCAAGAGGUAG